AUGGAGGAAGAUCUGGAUGAAGGACAGACCCAGAAGGGAUGUAUGGAGUGUUGUCUAAAGUGUCUGGGGGGCAUUCCGUACCCGUCUUUGAUCGCCACCAUCCUCCUGUACGCCGGGGUGGCGCUGUUUUGCGGCUGUGGACACGAGGCUCUCUCUGGAACCGUCACCAUCCUGGAGAACUACUUCGAGGUGAUCAGAGGGCCUGGAGACUCCCUGGACGUCUUCACCAUGAUUGACAUUAUUAAGUAUGUGAUCUAUGGCAUUGCUUCAGCAUUCUUCGUGUAUGGCAUUCUGCUGAUGGUGGAGGGCUUCUUCACCAGUGGCGCCAUCAAGGAUCUGUACGGAGACUUUAAGAUCACCACCUGUGGACGCUGCAUCAGUGCAUGGUUCAUUAUGCUGACGUACAUAUUCAUGUUGGCUUGGCUGGGAGUGACUGCCUUCACCUCGCUGCCUGUCUUUAUGUACUUCAACAUCUGGACCAUGUGCCAGAACACCACAGUUCUUGCUGGAACCAGCCUGUGUCUGGACCCACGCCAGUUUGGUGUCGUGACCAUUGGAGAGGAGAAGACAGUGUGUACAGGAUCAGAGAAGUUCAGUAAGAUGUGUGAAUCAACUGAGCUGGAUAUGACCUUUCAUCUGUUCAUCUGUGCUCUGGCUGGCGCAGGGGCUGCAGUCAUAGCUAUGAUCCACUACCUGAUGGUGCUGUCAGCCAACUGGGCUUAUGUGAAGGAUGCAUGCAAGAUGCAGAAAUAUGAGGACAUCAAGUCCAAGGAGGAGCAGGAACUCCACGACAUCCACUCAACGCGCUCAAAGGAGCGACUCAACGCCUACACAUAA